UAUAAAACCAAAUAGGCCUUCUUUUCUUUUCUAUCUCUUUCCUUUUCCUCUCAAUAGCCACCUAAAAAUUUAAAAAAGAGGAAAAUUAUAUCCAAAGAAGGGAGAGAAAGAGGAAGAGAGAGAAUAUCUCUACAGCUUUUUAACAUAUAUUCUUCCCUGAAUUUUCUUUGAUUCUUUCCCCAAAUUAAAAACAGUAGUAACUUUUCUGGAAUUCCCCUAUUGAUUUCCUUUUGAAAUAUCUUUGAUUCUCCAAUUCCAUCUAACCCUCUGAAUAAAACCCUAUUUGGGAUUUUAUUUUAUUCUGUUAUCAUUCCAAUAAUUGCAUAUAGAUUUAUCUGGAUUGUUGUUCUUGAAUAAUAAUAUUUUGGGGGAAUUUUUUUUCUUUCUUUUUCUCCCCUUUUUUCUAAUUCCUGAUAUACCUGGUGAUAUUGAUUUCUGAUCAUCUCAAAGAGUAAAAUAUUAAUCUUUUCCCAUCAUCGGAUAUCAAAGGCAGUCUGUUUGUUUCCGACUUCUGGAGUUGAGGAGUUGAUAAAUAACCACCAGUUUUGCCUUUUUCCUUAUUCGUUUAUUACAAGAGUUGUGUUGGUAAUUUGGAGGUUUUUUUCGGGUAUCAUCCAUAUCUCAUAAAGAUUGAAUUGAUACCCGAGGAUUUGAUUAAAGAGUGGAUUUUGAUAUCUGGGCUGUGAUCAGAUUGCCAUUUUUGAGGCCUUGAGCUUCAGUUAUGGGCAAGAGUUCAGGGACUCUUGUUAAAUGGAGGGAGUAUUUUCUGACAGCAAACACGGAUAUAUUUGAUAUAAUCGAGCGUGCAAUUAUGGUUGCUGCCAUCGAUUGUCCGACAGAGUUCAAGUUGAGGAGAGAUCGAAUUGCUGAAUUGCUUUUUACUUGUAAAAUAACCAAGUGUUUUGGCUGUGACAAAUUAGAACUAGCUGUUCCCAACGAUGGCGUUCAUGGGAAAGAAGAAGAGGAAGAGAAAGACAAGUUUGAUAGUGGUUUUCAUAGAGAAACUGAGAUUGAUGCUGAUAGGAAUAAUGGUAGCAAGGGGAGUUUCAAUGGGAUUGAUCAUCAUAUUAAGGGUGAGGAGAUGGAAGUGAAUCUACAUCAGCAAGGUAGCAGCUAUAGUUAUGGGGAUGCUGAGGCACUGACUGAUGAGAUUGAAGAAGAGUCUCAAAUGUUUGCAGAGGUCAUGAGGAUCAAAGAGAUUCUUGAUAAUGGAGAAGAUGAGUCUGAUGCAGUGUUGUAUGAUUCACUGAGAAGGCUACAACUUAUGCUUUUGUCUGUGGAGGUUUUAAAGGCUACAGAAAUAGGAAAAUCUGUCAAUGCUCUUCGGAGACACGGAUCAAAGCAGAUUAGGCAGCUUGCAAAGACACUUGUCGAUGGCUGGGUGGUAAUGGUGGAUGAGUGGAUGAGUGCUGCAGCUACUGUUGUAAAUGAAGGGACACCCGAAUCUAUGAAAAAGUCUGAUUUAGUCGAUGAGGAGGAGGGGCUGCCUUCCCCUCCACUGGAUGAAGGAUUUCUUUUUACAACCCAAUCUAUUCCAAUGGAACUGUCACAGUUAUUCGAUGGCAUGGAUGAUGAUGGAAAUCCUCAAAACAGUGGGGAAUUUAACAAGAACCGUGAUAAAGGCAAAAAGUCAUCAAUGGAUAACCAGAAUGUUCCAAAACAGAAGCAGAAAGUUCAUGGUGAGGGUGUUACUCCUCCAAAGGACUGGAAGAGUGAACAGCUGAAGAAGCAGCAGCCAGGUUUGAAGAAACAAGAAGCAGUAGUGAAGCAACAAGCAGCUUAUCCAAAGACUAGUAAGCCCUCUUCUGGUGGUGUUGGGCCAGGCAGACCCACAAAACCUGUUGUUGGUCUUUCUCAGUCAAAGCCUCAGCAGAAUUCAGAUAAGCUGACGACUCAGAAGAGGGAAGUGCCUCAGCAAAAUGUGAGUGUUAAUCAAUGAUGAUGAUUUAACUUUCGAUUAGAUUUGAAUGCUGAGCGUCUUCAGGACUGAAAUAACUAUCUUCUUGUCUAGAAAAUGAGGUCCUCAGACGAGGCAGCUGUUCUAUUAAAAUUGGAAGCCUCGAAAAGGAAGCUCCAGGAACGUUAUCGAGAAGCUCAGAAUGGUUAGUUGGCCAUUCCAAACCUCUAAUCAGUUGAAGUAGAAAAAUCCAUUUAAAGUUCUUAAUGCGGAAAAUUUCUGCAGUAACUUAGUUUGCAUUGUGUCUUGUUAAUCUUAUGGUUGGUCAUGGAUGACCUAAUAUUUUUCGUUUUUGCAGCCAAGAGGCAACGAACUGUACAGGUUAUGGAAUUGCAGGAUCUCCCAAAGCAAAAUCUUGGCCAGAGGAAUCCAAACAUGAGACCAGGAAACCACAAUCGGCACUGGGCAAACAGUCGCAGAUAGGUUUGAAAAUUCAGUACCUUAAAAAGUUCGCCCUCCAUUAUGAGCCAAAUUGAAGAAAAGUGAAUUUUCUUAUGGGGUGAGAUUGCCUAUAUAUAGAUGCAUCACAGGAGUGCAUUGAAUAUUUUGAUACUCUUAUUGUGGCAAUUCCUUCCAAUGGAGUCUUGUUCUUUACUCGAGGUAGGGCAUACCAUUGAAUUUAGAUAUAACUGAGGAGAGGGAGGAGCAUUCAUUCCUCUGUAUAAUUUGAGGAACCCUAAUUGGACACCAGUGACUUUCUCAAUCUUUUCUUUGUUAUAGACAGAUUGGACAUAAAACAGUAUAAAGAGAAGCGUGAAAAUUUCAGUGCUUCUGAUUUUGUGUAAAAACUAUAUAGACAUCAAUACAAAAGAAGGUUGACAGAUUACUCGGGCCAAUGUUGGCAAUUGGCUGUCCCAUAAAUUUCUUUACAUUGUUUUGAAGAUUUGAUGAUCAGUUCUUGUGUUGAACUUAGGAUAAACGCCAUUAAUAUUCCAUGGCCCUUUCUUUGAAGGGCAGGUAACAUUUCUUGGAGUUGCAUAUCAAUCCUCAUAUAUGAAGAGCUUUUGAGGUUCAGGUCAAUCAUCCAAGUUAUGACAUGGAAACUUGAUAUGGAAUUAUGGUUAUUGGGUUGGAGAAACAGAUGGUGGGACAAGUCUUUGAGUUGUCCAUUGCUUUGUUCUUGAGGACUUUUUAAUUAAAGGGUGGAAGGAAAAAGAGUAGAAGUGUAGACGAUUUAGUUGACUUUUGGAAAAAAGUGAGAUUUACUCAUCCUUGGAGUUCUAAGUUGGAAAAAUUCAUGAAAUUCAGGUUUGAUGUUGAAUUUUGAUCAAG